GCACUGACUACAUCAUGACCGAAGUGGAGAACGGUGGGUCGUUGGGUAGCAAAAAGGGUGUCAACUUACCUGGGGCUGCCGUCGAUCUCCCUGCGGUUUCCGAGAAGGACAUCCAGGAUCUCAAGUUUGGGGUGGAGCAGGAUGUGGACAUGGUUUUCGCUUCCUUCAUCCGUAAAGCGGAUGACGUCCACGCAGUCAGGAAGGUCCUUGGGGAGAAGGGAAAGAACAUCAAGAUCAUCAGCAAGAUUGAAAACCACGAGGGGGUGCGCAGAUGUUGGAGAGCAUGAUCAAGAAGCCCCGCCCGACCCGUGCGGAAGGAAGCGACGUUGCCAAUGCGGUGCUGGACGGAGCCGACUGUAUCAUGCUGUCCGGAGAAACAGCCAAAGGAGAUUAUCCCCUGGAAGCUGUCCAGAUGCAGCACCUGAUUGCUCGCGAAGCCGAGGCAGCCAUCUUUCACAGACAAUUGUUUGAAGAGCUCCGCCGGCUGGCCCCCCUGAACCGAGACCCUACCGAAGCCGCCGCUGUGGGUGCCGUCGAAGCCUCCUUCAAGUGCUGCAGCGGGGCCAUUAUUGUGCUCACCAAGUCUGGAAG